CGUACCUCAGCUGUGUAUGGUGCGGGUGGCGGUGGCGGCAGCGCAGCGUGUGCGAGUCCAGCGAUCUUGAUGGUGAGUCGAUUGAGGUGCUCCAGGCCCAUGUCGUUGGCAGGCCGGUUUUUGUUCUUCCGCCGGCCGACCUCGCUUGCCAAUGUCGAGAACGUCUGCAGCGCUGUCUGAGAGACGCAAAUUAAGGCAACAGAUCAGAGAGGAUGUGGCGUCAUGGUGCAUGGCGUCACACACGUACCUUCCUGCACGCAUCUGAUUUGCCGAGGUUGGACGAGAGAAACUCAUCCACCUGCAGCUCGACCAGCCGGCUGACCGACACCACCUGGGACAGAUCCCUGACGCAUCCACAUCACACAUAACACACCAUUACACGCGUGGGGGCGUGCCCUUCUCAGCCUUGUCUCACUUACCUGAAGACCUCCAGUGCCGCCCUUAGCAGUGCCUCGCCGCCCUCUUGCCCCAGUGAGGUCAGGUACCCCCCGAUGGUGUUGAAUAUGUCGUUGCAUGCCUGCUGCAGUCCGCUGACGAUCUCCAGCCGCCGCCGCUGGGGCAGACCACGGGUCCGUGGUCGACUCAUCACUGCACUCCUGAGCCAACUCGCGAAUCACACCCAUCACGAUACUCGCGUGGGCGGCACUCGUGCGACCUGCACACAGGCAGACAAAGAUGAAGACAGACAGACAGAAAGACAGACAGACGGGCAGGUUGUUUGUUUGUCUGUUUGUCGUGCUGACCGGCAUUGAGGAGGCUCGGCAUCAGGUCCUGCCAGCACUGGGGCCACUCCCGCCGCGCCACCUCGGCGAAGGCCACUGCACACUUUUGCCGCACAAUGGGCGAUCGAAGACGGUCGGCCGGCAGCUGAGUGAGGUAGGAAAGCAGCACCGCCUUGACCGAUGCCCUCUGCUCCGGCGUCCACCUCUGCCACUGCCUACUGAUGGCCUCGCGGAAAAGCGUGUGGCCGAAGAACUGCACCCGCUCGAGCAGGGCGGCAUCGAGCUGGCUGCCGUCGUGUGUGACGAGUCUGUGGGCGAUCUCACAGGCGCUAGGGUGGUCAUAGAGUGAGGUGCAGUGCUGCUCGGCAACGACGCGGUCAGCAUGCGAGACGUUGGGCUGGCCGGAGACCCUCAACGCUUCGAUAACCGACCGCACGCUGGCAUCCAUGGCCGCUGGAUCUCCAGAUCAGAGCAGUAAAGGAUGAGAGCGCCGUAGAGCCGUCCGUCGAGGCAGAUCACGCCUUCAGCUCAUGCAUGUAAGUCUGCAGAUGGUCGCCAUGACUCCAAACCCUUAAGGCCACACCAAC